ACCUAAAUCAAAUGUCAACAAUGUUUAUGUUGAUUUUGUUAUCUUGAUAUUUUACUUGUUUGGUCGAUAAUUUUAGUUACGUAAAACAAAUUAUUUUAAAUAAGAUGGGUCGAAAAGUAACAAUUGCAGCUUCUACUUUAAAUCAAUGGGCUUUAGAUUUUGAAGGAAAUCUAGACAGGAUUUUACAGUCAAUUUUAGAAGCCAAAGAAGUUGGAGCUACAUUUAGAACAGGACCCGAAUUAGAAAUAAGUGGGUACAGUUGUGAGGACCAUUUCUAUGAAAGUGAUACUUUCCUGCAUUCUUGGGAAGUCUUAGCGGAACUAUUGAACGCACCAUUAUGUAAAGACAUAUUAAUAGAUGUAGGUAUGCCUAUUAUGCACAAAAAUGUUUCGUACAAUUGCAGAGUAAUAUUCUUAAAUAAAAAAAUCUUACUCAUCAGGCCUAAGAAAAUUCUUGCUGACAGUGGAAAUUACAGAGAGAGUAGGUGGUUUACUAGUUGGAAAAAGGAAAGACAAACAGAAGAUUUUUAUCUACCUCGUAUGAUUUCUAGUAUUACUAAUCAAAAGAUUGUACCAAUUGGUGAUGCAGUAAUUUCUACAGUAGAUACAUGCAUAGGUUUUGAAAUAUGUGAAGAACUCUGGUGUUCAAGCAGUCCCCACAUUCCUUUAUCAUUAGAUGGUGUUGAAAUUAUAUGCAAUGGUUCAGGUAGUCAUACUGAAUUAAGGAAAAACUAUGUGAUAGCCGAUUUAGUUAAGAAUGCGACUAUGAAAUGUGGAGGUUGUUAUGUAUACAGUAAUUUAAGAGGCUGUGAUGGUCAAAGAGUUUAUUUCGAUGGAGUUUCUUGUAUUACGUUGAAUGGGAAAGUUUUAAAUAGAGCUAAACAAUUUGCUUUAAGUGAAGUGGAAGUUGUAGCAUCUACUAUCGACUUAGAAGAUAUUCGUUCUUAUCGCAACAAUCGCCGAGCUAACGCACAUUUGGCUUCCUCAACACCUAGUUAUCCAAGGAUCAACGUAGAUUUUUCUCUAUCUCCCGAAUACGAUACUGCCCUUCCAUCUGCCAAUCCAAUAGAAUGGCAGUUUCUUGAACCAGAAGAGGAAAUAGCCCAGGGUCCAGCUUGUUGGUUGUGGGAUUAUUUAAGAAGAUCAGGACAAGGUGGUUUUUUCCUUCCUUUGAGUGGUGGUGUGGAUUCGUCAAGUACUGCCAUUAUUGUGUUUUCCAUGUGUAAUCUUAUAAUGGAUGCCAUCCAUCAGGAAGCGGAUCAAAAGGUUUUAUCGGAUUUAAGACGCAUAUUGGCUAGUCCAGAUUAUACACCAAAUAGUGCUCAAGAUAUAUGUAAUAGACUAUUCGUUACAUGUUAUAUGGGAAGUGAAAAUUCCUCUAAAGAGACCCGGAUGAGGGCCGAGACUCUGGCAGAUUUUAUAGGAAGCUAUCACAUGAACAUUGUUAUAGAUACAGCUGUUUCAGCUUGCGUUGAAAUAUUCACUAAAAUGACAAACAUGCUUCCUAAAUUUUCUUCGAAUGGUGGUUGUGCAAGACAAAAUCUAGCUCUUCAAAACAUUCAAGCUAGAAUCAGAAUGGUUUUGUCAUAUCUCUUCGCACAACUAAUGCUUUGGACAAGAGGGCGUCCCGGUGGACUUUUAGUUUUGGGAAGUGCUAAUGUUGAUGAGUCGUUAAGAGGCUAUAUGACUAAAUAUGACUGUUCCAGUGCUGAUAUUAAUCCCAUUGGAGGAAUUUCAAAGUCAGAUUUAAGGCGGUUUAUGAAUUAUGCUAAAACCAAAUUCAACAUUCCGAUUUUAAACGAAAUAAUUGAGGCUCCACCUACGGCUGAGUUAGAACCCUUAAAAGAAGGAGGAAUAGUUCAAACCGAUGAAGAAGACAUGGGAAUGACCUACGAAGAACUCACUCAGUACGGUAGGUUGAGGAAAAUCGAAAGUUGUGGUCCAUAUUCGAUGUACUGUAAAUUAGUCCAAACGUGGUCGUCGAAAUAUACUCCGAAACAAGUCGCAGAAAAAGUGAAACAUUUUUUUAGAUGUUACGCUAUCAACAGACACAAGAUGACAGUAAUAACUCCAUCAUAUCAUGCCGAAUCUUACAGUCCAGAAGACAACAGAUUCGACUUGCGUCCAUUUUUGUAUAGAGCUAAUUGGUCUUGGCAAUUUCGCGCUAUUGAUAAACAGGUUGCCUAUAUUGCUAGUAUGAAGAGAACUGGAUCUACAGAUUCUAAUCAGAGCACAAAAAGCAAAAAAAGUAAUGAUCCUCCAAGUAGAAUUAGAGCGGGGAUAACAGUUUAAUUUUGUAAAAGCUUCACACAGUAUUUUUAAUUUUUGUUUCAUGAUUACACAUGUGAGAUUUUAAAAUUAAAUUUUAAUAUUAUUUAUUAUGUAUACUGUUUUAAAGACGUUAAUAGUUAAAGCUGCAUUAAAUUUUUAGAUAUUUUUAA